AAAAAAAAAACACAUCACAUCUUUUUUUUUCCCCCGUUGAAGUAAACUCGGAUUCCAGAUCGAUAUCAAGACACGUACGAAGUUUCCGGUGAAAAAUCUAUCCGUUUUCGUCUUCCAAGUUAGGUUCAGUUCACCGGAAGUUGCACCGGAGAGAUGGAAAAUGACGAUUUUGUCCUCGCCGAGAUGCGACCGAAGAAGCGAGCCGGUCGGAGAGUUUUCAAGGAGACACGUCAUCCAGUCUACAGAGGCAUCCGCCGCCGGAACGGCGACAAAUGGGUCUGCGAGGUUCGAGAGCCGAAGCACCAGCGCCGAAUCUGGCUCGGCACCUACCCCACCGCGGAGAUGGCGGCGCGUGCACACGACGUGGCGGCGCUCGCCUCGGCGGCGCCCCCCCUCCGUGGCCGCUCCGCCACCCUCAACUUCGCCGACUCCGCCUGGUGCCUCCCGGCGGCGGAAUCCGACGACCCAGAUGACAUCCGCAGGGCAGCGGCUGCUGCUGCUGAGAUUUUCCGGCCACCCGAGAUGGGGAACGGAUUAAUUACGGUUAUGCCAUCAGACGGCGGAGGGUCGGCGGAGGAAGAAGAGGAGGAGGAGGAGGACACGGCCGGAAUGAUGAGCAGGCUUGCGGCGGAGCCGUUGAUGUCGCCGCCGAGGACGAUGUACUAUGGAGAUGUUGGCUCGAGUGUGUAUAUGGAUGAUGAUGCGUGCUACGGUGACAUGUCCUUGUGGAGUUACUAAAUAUACAUACAUAUGUGUUUGCGUGUGUAUAAUAUAUAACAUACAGUAUAUAUAUAUAUAUAUGUUUGUGUAUGUGUGAGAGUGAUAAUGGAGCUCGAGAUCCCGGACUUUUAGUUUGGGUAUAUUUUGAGAGUGAUUAGAUUCUCUGUCCGAUUUGGAGAUUCCGACA